UGUCCUGUGCUUAAAGUGAAAGAAAUAUAUGUUAGAAAUUUCAUGAAUGAUAAAGAAGAAAAGACUAAUUUCAAGACACUGCUGUUAAAAAAUCGUUUAGUUGGCGAGCUGCAGAAUCGUAUAAAUAUAUUUACCAAAACAAGUGCAGACAAGUGUAAUUAAAGUCGAACCUCGGUUUCUUUUUUCAACUUUUCGGUUCUUUUUUGGCAAGGAUAGAAAAAUUCGUUUAGAAAAAUUCUCAUGUUCGGUUAAAACCGGCCACAUUUAUUUUCUCCCGGAAAGGAGAUAAUUGCGUAUAUCUAAUUGAGUUAGGUAUACGCAACCUGAGGUUAAAUGAAAUUAACAUUCUUAUCUAUUAUUAACUGAAGUUAAUACCAUUAAAAGAAGCAUAUGUGGCAGGUUUUAACCGAACAUACGUGAGUUUUUCCAAGCGAAUUUUCCCAUCUUCGAGAAAAAACCCGAAGAAACCCGCGGAAAAUGGAAGAAACCGUUUUUCUUUAACUACAGGCUAAACGAAUUCAAUUCACCUCCGUGUGCAUCUAUAAUUUUUCACUUCACGUAUCAUGAAUACAUACCGUUUCUCGUAGCUGCAAAGGCAGGGAUGUGUGAAGGGAAGUAAAAACAAUAGGAGAGUGGACACUUGUAUACGACACAGGAAGAAAAUUCCGACCUUCGCCGGCCAGUCGCCGUUAUGUUCGCGCGCGAAGCCCUCGAGUUAGCGCGCACCGCUCUGAAGUUCGCGGCACAAUGAAUGGGUUCGCCGCGGAACGGCAUUGCGGCGUGCAUCUAACCUUACCUCGCAAGUACUGCGACCCAUCCCCGGGCACUGCGGCUAUCACCGGUCCGCGACACGUGCCGCGUGGCAUGACGAUAGGUAAAAGAUCGGUUUCAUCCUGCUGCACUUUGUUACACCUUUCGCACGGGGAAAAGAAGUCACAGGCCGACGUUUCCACGCUGUGCAUCGACGUGACGAAGGUGAAAUCGUUGAACGGAGAGCCGCGGAAAUCCGAGACGCGUAACAAUGCCGCGUACGACGCCGAAUCCGGUGGGUGGACUCCGCUGCUGGUACUGGCCGGUGCCACUUGUUGCCUGGGGUCAGCAUUACCAGCAGGAUUUAACAUAGGCGUCAUGAACAAUCCCGCCGAUCUGAUGAUGUCCUUCUGCAACCAGAGCAUCAGGGAGAGAUUCGGCACGGAAAUAUCCGUAUACCAGCUCAAGAUACUUUGGUCCUCUAUAAUAUCGGUGUUUCUCAUCGGAGGUGUGACCGGCUCUUUAGCGGCCAGCUGGUUGAGCGACAGGUUCGGGCGGAAGGGUGCGAUGGCUGCCGGAAAUGUCUGCGGAAUUUUGGGUGGCUUUUUAUUCUUCCUCUUGCCGAUCACAAACUCGGUCGAGCUUUUCCUGCUCGGCCGAAUCUUCGUAGUUUUAUGUUUUAAGCGGCAUCCGAUUGACGUAAGAACGCGGUUCACCACUGUAGGACUUUCCGGUGGCCUCGCUACCAGUCUGCUACCGAUGUACCUGACGGAGAUAGCUCCCCUGAAAUUACGAGGUGCUGUCGGGGUCCUGUGUCAAUUAGGCAUGACGUGCGGUGUACUGAUGGGCCAAAUCGCUGGGCUCGACAGCGUCCUGGGCACCCGCGACUCCUGGAACAUCAUGUUAGCAUCCUUCGCGCCGCUGUGUGCCGCUGCGCUGUUCUUGAUCUUCGCUCUGCCGGAAAGCCCGAAGUACCUGUACAUAAUCAAGGGCCAGCAUGGGAAAGCUCUCAAAGAACUCGGCCGCCUGCGCAACAUGGACGUAAUGCUUCUGCAAAACGAGGUCGCCGAUCUGCAGAAAGAGCUGCAGAAGAGGUCGACCAGCGAGAGCUGGAGCAUCAAGCGGGUGUUGAGCGAGCCGACCCUGAGACUGCCGCUGUUCCUGGUGUGUUUCAUGCAAUUUGGCCAGCAGCUCAGCGGCAUCAACGCCGUUUUCUAUUACUCGAACUCGAUACUCAGGACAGCUGGGUUCGACCACGACGAGGCGGAAUACGCGACUCUGGGUACGGGCGUCGCCAACAUUCUCAUGGCGAUCGUGUCCGUGCCGGUGAUGUCGUUCUUCAGUAGAAGGAAAGUGCUGAUGCUGAGCGGCGUCACGUCCGCGAUAUGCCUUAUCGUUCUGUGCAUCUCCAUCGCCUUGAUCGAAACGUCACCGUUCGUGGCGGGGAUUUGCAUCGCUGCGGUAUUAGCGUACGUCGUGUUCUACGGCAUCGGCCUCGGCCCGAUACCGUACUUCAUCGGCUCGGAACUGUUCGACGUGGGCCCUCGGCCAGCCGCUAUGUCCCUAGGCAGCAUGUUCAACUGGGGUGGAAACUUCAUCGUGGGGAUGUUGUUCCCAAUCAUAGCAGCUGAAAUCAACUCGUUCGCCUUCCUGAUAUUCGCCGGGUUCACGCUACUGCUGGUGGCGGUCAACAAGAUAUAUCUGCCCGAAACGCGGGGACGAAGCACCGCAGACAUCGCGGCGACCAUGACUCAAGGCUUCAAGUCGAGGCCGAACGCAAAUUAAACCCGGAACGCAGACCUGGUGUUUAUUACAGGGCAUAAUUCGAUUAAGCACCUUUUUAUACGACUUUUCAACGAGACGCAGGUUGUUGCGUUGAUGCGACUGGUAUUAUGUCUCUCGCGUAUUGCUCAUACAGCUUAUACCCCGCGAAUAAUUCGUGGUCGCGACGCGCUAACUUAUUUUAAGCAAUGACUUGCUCCGUUGAACAAAACGGACGAUGAUUUUCUACACUCGAGUAUUUUGUACAGAUUUUGUAUACUUCUCGAAUACCGGGGAAUAUCUAUAUUGUCGUCAGAUAGAGAGCGAUGACAUCGAUCUGACACCACGUAAGAAUGAGUAAGCGGCUGAGAUUUCUACGUUUAUAUCUCUCGACAUACGUCCAGUUUAAAAUUUUCUAUAUAUAUAUAUAUAUACA